UGUUAACAAAGCUCUCUUUAAAGGAGGAUAUGUGAAAAGAGCGAAUACGGGUUUAUUAUAAAUGGUAAUCAUGAAUGUAGAGGAACUCAAAGAUUUGCCAGGAUAUAAAGCCAUACUGAAGGCAGUUCUACAGCAACAGAUUCAAGUGCUGGUUGAGCAACUUAGUGAACAGACAGGUGAGGAGACAGUGGUGUUGUCUGCAAACAUAACUGAGGGUACAUUAUCUCACCUUGGUUCAGAAUAUGGGAAAACUUUCUUGGAGAAAGAACAGUCUAUCAAAUCAAAGUUCCUGGGAUUCUGCUUGAGAAAGAACAUGACACCCACCAAUGAUGAAAACAUUUUAAAGGAGGCUGUAGUUACUAAACAGAAGAGAAAGUUGAGUAUUUCAAGUGACGGUAGCUGUAAAGGUUCUAAAUCAAAAUCGGCUAAACUAUCACUUGAGGAUCGAACAUAUAGUCCUGUAAUGCAACAGCAUGUUAUAGGGAUGUUCCCAGACCUUAGUCGUGCCACAUCUGACUACCUGCACAAACUGAACGAAACUGUUGGUCAGGAAGUUAUGAGAAAUGAUGCUUCAGGCAAUUUAAUGCAAGGAAAAGAUAGCAAAACAGGUCAGUUUGCAUUAAAUGACCAUUCUUUGCCUGACCUUAAUCUGUAUAAAAAUAACCUAAAUUACGUUAAAAGUGGGACUGGUCUGGAUAUGUCCAUUGUAAAGGUGGAACCAGGUAAUGAUGGUAUGUACUCUAAUGACUCUACUUACUCUGAAAACGACAAUGCACACCAGGUUACCUCUCAUUUAUCAGAUUUUAACAUUAUUGAUGCAAACAACAGGAACGCCAAACAAUUAGAGUUGGACUGGAAUCAAAGCUUUGCCAAAGGUUUCAAUGAAAAUGACAGCGCUUUUAAUAAUAGUCUUAGUUCUAGUAAUGGAGAAUUUUCCACCGGAGCUGGUCAGAUGUUGGCACGUCCACAUAGAACGUACAAAUGUGAUUUCUGCGACAAGUCAUUCCGUGAAAAGACAAAUUUGCGUGUCCAUGUACGCACUCAUACUGGAGAAAAACCUUUCAAGUGUUUUCUUUGUGGAAAAGAAUUUGCGCAUAGUUCAAACUUGAAACAGCACGAGAGGGGUGUCCAUAAGUUACCUCCUACAGUACCUCAAUAUAAACAACAGUUUUACACAGGUUUAACAAAAAUUCAGGAAUUAAGCCAAAGUCAGUCAGAAGCCUCUUUCUUUGACAGUUAUAAUCAACCAAUGUUUCCAGGCCCGCAAGGGAUGGUUUCAGGUGAAAGGAACGGGACUGAAGGACAUCUGGUAAAGGCUGACGUUAAGACUGAAAAAAAUGUAGGUGGUGAAAAUUCAGGGCAUCCUCAAGAAGGAGAUGACAUUCAAACAGAAAACACUCUGGAGGAUGAAAAUUCAAGCCAAAAUAUUCUGAAUAAUGAAACAUGUGCAAGCUCGGAUAAUGUUGUUGGGGAAUCUUCCGAUGAAAUUGAUAAACUAUAAUAAUAUACAAUAACAGAAAAUAAUUUCUAGGUUUUUGAAACAGUCUCUGAAUAUUCUUCAUUUAAUUAUAUAACAGAAGUAAGUAAGAAUGGUCAAGGAAAGGUACUUUUCGGAGUAUUGUAACUGCAUAUUAAACAACAUGUAAAAUUGUGCUCUUCAAGGGGACAUUACCCAUAUUGCAAUCAAACUUGAUCUUAAGACCAGCAUCAAGGAAGUAUAUAUUAAAACAUUCAUCAUGAAAGUGAAAACAACUGUUUAAGAGACCAUAUACAUGUACUAAUUUCUUUCUUAAAUAUUUCAUUUUAAGAAGAAAAAAAACAUUAAAAAAGCAAUGGCAAAUAAGCAUGUAUUGAUUUAGAGAUGUUUUAAUAUUUCUUCACAUUGAAAAGAUAUUUGCAUUUACCAUUUGAAUGGUUGAUAGUAAAAUCUGAAUACUAGGUUUUUGCCAACCUUGGCAAGUAAACAUUUUGUUGUGAUGAUUAUAAUAAGUUUAUUUGUGUUCAAAUUAGAUUAAAGGGUAUAAAUCUUUAUCUUAUGAAAUAUUUUAAUAAAAUUUAUCAACAGUAAAAUUAUAUUGGUUCCAUUAUUAUAUGGUUGAUUCCUGAAAAAGUUGUAACAUAGAAUGUCUCUGUUAUUUAAUACACAUGAAUAAUGUACGUAAACAGAAUAAAAUGUUCCGG